UCGGUCGUUCUGAAGAUGGCGUCGGCAGUGUGCGCGACGCUUCGCGUCGAGGACGUGAGACGAGGACGGUGGCGAACUAGAGGAGGAGGAAUUGGUGUUUAGUGAACGAGUAAUAUCAUAGUCGAUCAUUGUACUAAAAGAGUAAUAAUAGAGGAAAAAUAUAGAUACUCGUUAAAGGUGUCGAGGGCACCCUUCAAGAGCGGCAACCUUCUGAGCUUGUGCUCGUUAAAUGGGCCAAUCCGGUGACGGCUUCGUCCUAUUGCAUGUUCUGUCUUUCUUAUACAUAUAUCUAUAUAUGUAUAUACAUAGAUAUAUAUAUAUGUAGAUAUAGAUAGAUAGAUAAACGUGUAUAUGUUUGUACAUGUACAUAUAUACAUGCAAAUAGGAAUAUCGGGCUCCGUUUUACCCCGGAUCUCGAGUGACAGGCGGCCGCUUACGUAACGGAUUAUUCUCGCUAUGAUAACGAUACUCCAGGCGCGAAUACGAAACGACAGAAACGAUCCUUCCAACGACGGGUGGUUAUUCGCGGCGCUGCCUGCGACCCUGCCAGAAAUACGUCGUGACUGACCCGAAUAAUCAUCUCUCCUCUUCCUUCUCUUCACCCUCUUACUCCUAUUCCUCCUCUUAUUUUCCUCCACCACUUCUGCUUCUUCUACUUUGACUACUACUACUACUUCUUCUUCCUCAUUUAUUCUCUACUUCCUCGUUGUUCAUUCUUUGCGGCGACGUCCCGACGUUCUGACGUCGUCGUCGUCGUCGUCGUCGUCGUCGUCGUCGUCGUCGUCGUCGACUACCUAUUUCUUUUCUUUCAACAUAUGUAUAUAUAUAUAUUAAAUACUCACAUAUAUAUACAUAUAUAUCAGCACCCGUGUGGUGUCACUGUGAAAGCGUCCCGCCGGGAUUUUAUUCUUCUCGUUGAUAAACCACGGUAGAACGACAGACUUGCAAAUACCACAAACGGACAGGAAAUUAUGACAGCUGCUCUCGUCAUGGAAAAAGUUAACUGGGAUCCCGCAUUGUCGAAACUUCUGAAGUCUUUGAAGGAAAACAAAUCGGAAAUACCAAGUUGUACCGACGAAGAGUUUGGUUUUCUCAGCGAGUUGUUACAAUCUAAGGAGUUGAACGCGUUAGUCACUGUUCACAAUAAGAUAUUAAACAAUGUCAAGGAUGAUAAGUUCUUUCCCGUAUUGUCCAAUUCUAUGGACAUUGAUAUUGAAGUUCUCGAUAUGUUGUCUACGAAAACUCACGUUUCCGAAGAUUACAAAGAACUUUUUCAUCUUUUACAAAAACCCAAUAUGCAGGGUCUACUAUGUGCUCACGAUGCUGUUGCCCAAAAGGAUUAUUAUCCCAGAUUACCCGAAAUACCAUUGGAAGUAGACGAGGAUGAAGAAACGGUUAAGAUUGUUCAGCUGGUCAAAUCUAACGAGCCCCUGUGCGGCACCGGGGUCGAACCGAUCGUGGGAGCAACCAUAAAGACCUGCGAGGAAACCGGAAAGAUCGUGAUCGCACGAAUAAUGCACGGUGGUGCAGCCGACAGAUCUGGCCUUAUUCAUGUUGGGGAUGAAGUAUGCGAGGUCAAUGGUAUCAGCGUUGAAGGGAAGACACCGAAUUGCGUUCUUAAAAUUUUGCAAAAUUCGGAAGGUACGAUUACGUUCAAGAUUGUACCGGCAGACAGUAAGGGUGGAAUAAGAGAAAGCAAGGUACGAGUGAGAGCACAUUUUUCGUACAAAGCUUCCGAAGAUCCUUACAUACCAUGCAAGGAAGCAGGAUUGGAUUUCGUCAAAGGGGAUGUUUUGCACAUCGUCAGUCAGGACGAUGCAUAUUGGUGGCAAGCAAGAAGAGAAGGUGAUCGAAAUAUGAGAGCCGGUUUGAUCCCCAGUAGAGCACUUCAGGAACGUAGGAUCAUUCUCGAGAGACAACAAAGGGAAAAAAUCGACGAUGACAAUAUAAGCUUGUGUUCUGUUCCAGUGCCUUUGCCCGCAUUGUGCCCCCGUCCCAGUACCUCUUUGCACGCCUCGCCUACAAAGUGCAACUUGCAGGGAAUAAAAACUAAAAAAAUCAUGUAUGACGCUGCAGAAAACGACGACUUUGAUCGGGAAGAAGUACCGACUUACGAAGAGGUCGCCAAACUUUAUCCAAGGCCGGGUCUCUACAGACCCGUUGUUCUUAUUGGACCACCUGGUGUUGGCAGAAACGAACUCAAGAGGAGGCUGAUGGCUACCGAUCCUGACAAGUACAAAACUCCUGUUCCCUAUACUUCGAGACCUCCGAGGUCCGGUGAAAUCGACGGUAAGGAAUAUCAUUUUGUAACUCGUGAAAAAAUGGAAGAGGACAUAGAAACUGGUAAAUUUAUCGAGUAUGGGGAAUACAAAGGGAACCUUUAUGGGACUAGUGCGGAAAGUGUUAGUUCUUUGAUCAAUGCAGGAUACGUUUGCUUAUUAAGUCCACAUUAUCAGGCUCUGAAGAUGAUUAGAACACCACAAUCUAAACCAUACGUGAUUUAUAUCAAACCACCUAGGUUUGAGACACUUCAAGAAACUAGAAACGAAGCAAGAGCUAGGUCUACCUUCGAUGAGAGCAACUCGCGAGGUUUUACGGACGAAGAAUUCAAUGAGAUUCUGCACAGUGCAGCAAGGAUAGAAUUCCUUUAUUCUCAUCUCUUCGACGAAAUCAUCGUAAAUGCUGAUCUUUCGAUAGCUUUUGAGCAACUAGUCAACGCCGUUCACAAAGUUGAAUCCGAACCUCUUUGGGUUCCAGCAUCUUGGGUGCAAUGAAUACAAUUCUCUCUUACAACCUAUUCGAAUUUAACCAAUGAACGGAAGGUGAUAUGGUUAAUUAAGAUAAUGCGGACAACACAGAGAGAAAAGGAGAAAGAGAGAUAAAAAAAAAUAAACAAUACGUGCUUCUUAUCGCUAUAUAAGAGAAAGGAUAAGUUUAUUUCCUCUCGAGAAACGAAAUGAAACGAGACAGUAGAUUAAUUCGUAUUUUUAAUCCUUUCAAACACAAUACUUAAAUUCUUGAUUGAUAAAAGAAUUUGUCUAAAUUAACAAAAGUAAUAUAAGGACUAUUUUUGUUUUUUUUUUGUUGUUGUUGUCUUAUAUAUAGAUAUUAAUAAAUUAAGAUUGUUAUUAAAUGAAACAAAUUCAUUUAUUAAGCCUCCUAAAGGAGUAUGACGUAAAGUUCGAAUAUAGGAAUGAACGAAUGUACGAUUAAUCGAUUUUAUUCUCGAGAGGAAGAAUAACUUGCCAAACAAGAAUGGCUGUUUUCGCGUCGACUUCCUACGACGUUUCGAAGUUAACAAAAUUUACAAUUUAGAGUGUUACAUUGCCUUUAUACCCAUAGUUAAAGAAAAAAUAAAGAAGAAAAAAAAAAGAAGACAAAUUUGGUACGUCGACGAGUUUAAGAAUGAACUACUUUAUCGAUUAAAUCGAAUUAUAUAAUAUAUAUAUUAUAUAUAUAUAUAUAUAUAUAUAUAAAAAGGGAAAGGAGAAGCGACUAAAAAAAUAUUACAUUAACAUACACACAUACAUACAUACACACACACAUACAUAUAGCAGAGACACGCGUGCGUACACAAAUUUUCUAUGCCUGCGCGAAGAACACGCAUACACGUAAAGUUCUCUUCCUUUCGAUCGAUCGUUAAUGAGAGUAAAGGAAAUAGAAAUAUACAUAUAUAUAUAGAAAGGAAAGCAAGAGAAUUAACAAAAUAUAUAAAAAUAAUAGAAAAAUAAUUAGGAAACAAUUCGGAAAUGUUAAUGAAACGAGCGAACGUACGAUCGAAGAGGUCGAAUAAUUUUUCUCAGGUAUACUCGAACCGCAAAUUCGAUGUCGUUCGCUAAUCCUAAUUCUUAUUUUUUAAUUUUGAAUCAUUAUGAAAAGGCAAAAAGAAAAUAAUGUUA